CUGUUGGGAAGAGGCGGAAUCGGAUCUCGAGAGAUAUUUUGUAUUUUUCCCCCUCUCCGUUCUUCGCCGUGUUGGAUUAAUUGCAGCGUUUUCUCGUUUGGACUUCUGGGUGGCUUUUUCUCCUCCUGGCUCUGCAGUUUGGAGGUGCUUAUUUGGAAUCGUUGCUGCGUUUUUUCCGGCUUAUUUUAAAACCCGUCUCUCGAAUUUGGGGUGCCGCUGUGGAUUAUAAUUGCAACAUGACUCUAGAAGAAUUGGUUUCUUGUGCCAACACCGAGGAGAAGAUGAAAUCGGUCAGCGAAGCCGUGGAGGAUCUCUUGGUGGCUGCCCAGAGACAGGGCUGCCUGACCGUUGGGGUUUACGAGUCUGCCAAACUCAUGAAUGUCGACCCUGACAGCGUGGUCUUGUGCCUGCUGGCCAUCGACGAGGAAGAUGAGGACGAUAUUGCGCUCCAGAUCCACUUCACGCUCAUCCAGGCAUUCUGUUGUGACAACGACAUCAACAUCUUGCGUGUCUCCGGCAUGGACCGCCUGGCGGCCGUCCUGGGUGAAAGCCCUCAAGACAACACGGAGCCACGCGACCUGCAUUGCAUCCUGGUGACGAAUCCACACACGGGUUCGUGGAAGAGCCAAGGUUUGGCCGAGGUGGCCAGCUAUUGCGAAGAGAGCCGUUGCAAUAACCAGUGGGUGCCCUACAUAUCUCUCCAGGCACGCUGAACUCUUCCCUUGCCUGGUGUUUUGUGCAGAAUUCCAUGUUUUAAAAGGCCAAAAAAAAAAGAAUAUUGGAAGGGAGAAUGUUCUUUUUUUAAAAAAAAGUAAUACACAAGCCACCACUGCCUGCCCCCCUUGUCGGAAUGGAGAGUGAGUCAGUCACUGCCUUGAAAGAUGACGGAAGAGGUUGGAGGCGGGCAGAGGCGGGCGGUUGGCCGGGUGGCGGCUGCGUCAGCUGACUGCUGGGAAAGGAAGAGGAACAAGAGAGUGCCAUGAAAGGCAGGCGGCUUCCCGGCUGGCAUUGGUGGGCAUGUGGGGAUUGGCAGAGCCGAAGGCGAAUGACUUCUGGGCUGCGUGGAUUUGGCUGAGCGUUGUGCUGAGAGCCACAGCUGUGUGCUAGAGAAAAUGAGCUGGCGCCACUACGGUUCCUUGUGUGCUGCGACCGGAGGAGUGCGGAGGUGGCAGUCUCUCGGCCACGAAGCUGUUUGCAAAGGACUCUUAUUUGUGAAAGGGAGCGAGAAAGGAAAAAAAGAACUGUUUGUAUCUGCUGGCUUAUGCAAAAAAAAAAAUUAUAAUGGACUCUAUUUUUUAAAAUAACUAGACGAAGAGAAGCUCUUAUUUAUCUAAAAACAUGCACAUUCUUUUUCUUUGCACUCAAAAGCCGAUCAUAGAGAAUCAAAAGCAAAUAUAUUCUUGUACCUUAUUUUUUAAAAGUUGCAAUAACACUAAUAAAAAUGCA